AUGUCCUCCAGCUUCAGCCUGACUUCAGAUAGCGCACUAAACAUGCACGCCAGAUUGCCCAACUCCAUCAAGAUCUUAGCUGGGAACUCCCACAUUGAGCUAUGUCAGAAAAUAGCUGCGCGGCUCGGGAUCCCCAUUGCACGUGUCGGUGCCUUCCAAUACACUAACACCGAGACCGCUGUAGCGGUAGGCGAGUCCGUGAGAGACGAAGACGUCUACAUCAUUUGCCAGAUUGGGUCGGGAGAAGUCAACUAUCGUGUCAUUGAGUUGAUGAUCAUGAUCAACGCUUGCAAAACCGCUAGUGCUCGAAGAAUCACGGUGAUACUACCAAAUUUCCCUUACGCGAGACAAGACCGGAAAGACAAGUCUCGUGCGCCCAUCACGGCAAAGUUGAUGGCGGACAUGUUGACUUCUGCCGGGUGCGGCCAUGUCAUCACCAUGGACUUGCACGCGUCGCAGAUCCAGGGGUUUUUCCGAGUUCCAGUUGACAAUUUGUACGCUGAGCCGAGCGUGGUGAGGUACAUCAAGGAGAAGAUAGAUUACAGAAACGCCAUUAUUGUCUCCCCCGACGCUGGUGGUGCCAAGAGAGCCGCGGGUUUGGCGGAUCGACUCGACUUGAACUUUGCCUUGAUUCACAAGGAGAGAGCCAAGGCUAACGAAGUCUCGAGGAUGGUCUUGGUGGGGGACGUGAGUGACAAGGUCUGCGUCAUUGUGGACGACAUAGCCGAUACGUGUGGCACCUUGGCCAAAGCAGCGGAGGUGUUGCUAGAUAACAACGCCAAGGAAGUUAUAGCUAUCGUGACUCAUGGCAUAUUGUCGGGUGACGCCAUCAAGAACAUCAACAACUCGAAGCUUAAGAGAGUGGUUUGCACAAACACUGUGCCGUUGGAGGACAAGUUGCAGCUCUGCAGCAAACUUGACGCCAUCGAUGUGUCUGCUAGCAUCGCAGAGGCUAUAAGGAGGUUACACAAUGGUGAAAGUAUCUCGUAUUUAUUCAAACAUGCUCCGCUAUGA